AAUGUAAAAAGUCUUAGCUUUUAUAAUGACUAUUUAUUUAGUCAGCUCUAUUGAUCCAAGUAUGGUGUAAUUGAGUACUGAAAAAAUAGAUGAACUUUCUUAAAGUAAUUUGGGGAAAUUUAUUAUUGAAAUGGCUUAGACACAUGCAGAAAUGAGAGGUCCAUUAGGUAUGAAUGAGAAAUAACUAUAAAGAUGAUUUAGUGACAGCAAUUGGAGAUUUAGAAAAUGAAUUAACUACUGAAUUAUAAUAAUUAGAAGAUGAUUUUACUAGAUCAACAAAUUAACAUUAAAUAACAUAAGAAAACUUAGAUAUUAAUAUAGGUCAAACAGAAAUCAACAUAUUUAAUCAAAAAGACUUUAUUGAUGCAAUAUUAUUACCAAGCAUUGAUUAAACUAAUUAAAAAAUAGAUAGAUUGAAUGGUUUUAUAAAUGAUAAUAGAGAUUCAUUAGCAAGAGAAACAUUAAAUAGAUAAAAUUAACAUUAAGCUUAUUUAGAUAGAGGUAAUAUAAAAUAAAAAUAGUAGUAAGUGAACAUUAAAGUGCUAUAAAUGCAGUGGAUGAAGCAUUAUAAUUGAUCAAUUCCUUAAUUAAUGGAAAUAUAGCAUUCACUGAGAAAGCAACAAUUCAUUAGGCUGUCAAAAGAGUUAAUAAUAAAAUUGCAAAAACCAGCACUAUUCAUCCAGUUGUUGAAGCCUUACUUUAAUUGACUUAAAACUUCUCAGAUUAAGGAUAAGCAUAGAAAAUAAGAGAUUUAUUAUAAGAUACUAGAAAUUAAUUAGUUGCUAGUCUAAAUUAAGUAAUAAUGAUGUGAUAUAAAUUAAUUAGGAAAAUACUGAUGAAAAAUAAAUUUAAGAGACUUGGACAGAGAGAUAAAAAACAUUAAACACAGAGUAUUAAGAAUUUAAGAGAUCUCUUCUUGAAGCUACUUAUGUAUUGGCUGCCUAUUAAAGUAUUUAUAAAUUAAUAUUUUUAGAUAAAUUGAAAUCAACUUAAGAAGCUUUAGAAUAAAAUGAACGUGAUUUAUAAAAUUACACAGAAUCUUUAUGUAAAUUAUAUUAUAUAUAUAUAUUUAAAUUAGAAUAAGAUAAAGAUGCUUAAGCUUAAGAAAUCCAAAUUUAUAAUGAAUUGAAGGCUCAAUAUUAAAUUUAACUCUAAACUACUAGAAAUGCUAAAGAUUUUGUAAACUCUUCAGAAUUUAGUACAGUCAUUAGAAACAAAUUAAAUUAAGGAGGAUUGGUAUGAUU